GCCUGCCCUGCGCGCGGGAACCCCUCGGUGCUCGCCGCCCUCGGGAGCCGACCCAGAGUCCCUGCAGCCGUGUGUGAACCAGGAAGCUUGAAAUUCGCCAGCGCCGAGCUCGUCAAGAGCGAUUUCAGUGAGAAGGAAUGCCAGUGGAUCGUGGUCUCAGAAAAGCGGCUUAGAUGAUGUCUGUUUCCUGUGCUAGAAACACGUGGCAGAGCUGUAAGUAAACGCUCUACACUGCAUGAUGAAUUGGAUGGCUGCAGACCGGAGGCAAAAAAAAUAAUUGUCUCAUUUUCGUGGUGAUUUGCUUAACUGGUGGGACCAUGCCAGAACGGCUAGCGGAAAUGCUCUUGGAUCUCUGGACUCCAUUAAUAAUAUUAUGGAUUACUCUUCCCCCUUGCAUUUACACGGCUCCGAUGAAUCAGUCUCAAGUUGUAAUGAGUGGAUCCCCUUUGGAACUAAGUAGGCUGAGUGAACAGCGGAUUUUGAACCGCUCCAAAAGAGGCUGGGUUUGGAAUCAAAUGUUUGUCCUGGAAGAGUUUUCUGGACCUGAACCGAUUCUUGUUGGCCGGCUACACACAGACCUGGAUCCUGGAAGCAAAAAAAUCAAGUAUAUCCUGUCAGGUGAUGGAGCUGGGACAAUAUUUCAAAUAAAUGAUAUAACAGGAGAUAUCCAUGCUAUAAAAAGACUUGACCGUGAGGAAAAGGCUGAAUAUACUCUAACAGCUCAGGCAGUGGACUGGGAGACAAACAAGCCUCUGGAACCUCCUUCUGAAUUUAUUAUUAAAGUUCAAGACAUCAACGACAAUGCGCCAGAGUUUCUUAAUGGACCCUAUCAUGCUACAGUGCCAGAGAUGUCCAUUUUGGGUACGUCUGUCACUAAUGUAACAGCUACUGAUGCUGAUGACCCAGUUUAUGGAAACAGUGCAAAGUUGGUUUAUAGUAUCUUGGAAGGGCAGCCUUAUUUUUCCAUUGAGCCUGAGACAGCAAUUAUAAAAACUGCCCUUCCCAACAUGGACAGAGAAGCCAAGGAGGAAUACCUGGUUGUUAUUCAAGCCAAAGAUAUGGGUGGACACUCUGGUGGCCUGUCUGGGACCACAACACUUACAGUGACCCUUACCGACGUAAAUGACAAUCCUCCGAAAUUUGCCCAAAGUCUGUAUCACUUCUCAGUACCAGAAGAUGUGGUUCUUGGCACUGCGAUAGGAAGGGUAAAGGCCAACGAUCAAGAUAUUGGUGAAAAUGCACAGUCAUCCUAUGACAUCAUUGAUGGAGAUGGAACAGCGCUCUUUGAAAUCACUUCUGAUGCCCAGGCCCAGGAUGGUAUUAUAAGGCUAAGAAAGCCUCUGGACUUUGAGACCAAAAAAUCCUAUACGCUGAAGGUAGAGGCAGCCAAUGUCCAUAUUGACCCACGUUUCAGCGGUAGGGGGCCCUUUAAAGACACGGCGACAGUCAAAAUUGUUGUUGAGGAUGCUGACGAGCCUCCUGUCUUCUCUUCACCUACUUACCUCCUCGAAGUUCAUGAAAAUGCUGCUCUAAACUCCGUGAUUGGGCAAGUGACUGCUCGUGACCCUGAUAUCACCUCUAGUCCUAUAAGGUUUUCCAUCGACCGGCACACUGACCUGGAGAGACAAUUCAACAUUAAUGCGGAUGAUGGAAAAAUAACGCUGGCAACACCACUUGACAGAGAAUUAAGUGUAUGGCACAACAUAACAAUCAUUGCUACCGAAAUUAGGAACCACAGUCAGAUAUCACGAGUGCCUGUUGCUAUUAAAGUGCUGGAUGUCAAUGACAACGCCCCUGAAUUCGCAUCCGAAUAUGAGGCAUUUUUAUGUGAAAAUGGAAAACCCGGCCAAGUCAUUCAAACAGUGAGUGCCAUGGACAAAGAUGAUCCCAAAAAUGGACAUUAUUUCUUAUACAGUCUUCUUCCAGAAAUGGUCAACAAUCCGAAUUUUACCAUCAAGAAAAAUGAAGAUAAUUCCCUCAGCAUUUUGGCAAAGCAUAACGGAUUCAACCGCCAGAAGCAAGAAGUCUCUUUACCAAUCAUAAUCAGUGAUAGUGGGAAUCCUCCUCUGAGCAGCACCAGCACCCUGACCAUCCGGGUCUGUGGCUGUAGCAGUGAUGGUGUUGUCCAGUCUUGUAAUGUUGAAGCUUAUGUCCUUCCGAUUGGACUCAGUAUGGGCGCCUUAAUUGCUAUAUUAGCAUGCAUCAUUUUGCUGCUAGUAAUUGUGGUGCUGUUUGUAACUCUGCGGCGACAUAAAAACGAGCCAUUAAUUAUUAAAGAUGAUGAAGACGUACGAGAAAACAUCAUUCGCUAUGAUGAUGAGGGAGGAGGAGAGGAAGAUACAGAGGCUUUUGAUAUUGCAACUUUACAAAACCCAGAUGGAAUUAAUGGAUUUUUACCUCGUAAGGAUAUUCCAGAUUUGCAGUUCAUGCCAAGGCAAGGGCUUGCUCCUGUUCCGAAUGGUGUUGAUGUUGAUGAAUUCAUAAAUGUGCGGCUACACGAGGCAGAUAAUGACCCAACUGCCCCGCCAUAUGACUCCAUUCAGAUUUAUGGCUAUGAAGGCCGAGGGUCUGUGGCUGGGUCCCUCAGCUCCCUGGAGUCCAGCACCUCAGACUCAGACCAGAAUUUUGACUACCUCAGUGACUGGGGUCCCCGCUUUAAGAGACUGGGAGAACUCUACUCUGUUGGUGAAAGUGACAAAGAAACUUGACAGUGGAUUAUGAAUUAAUCAGUGGAACUGAGCAUUCUGUAAUAUUCUAGGGUCACACCCCUUAGAUACAACCAAUGUGGCUAUUUGUUUUAGAGGCAAGUUUAGCACCAAUCAUCUAUAAACUCAACUACAUUUCAAUGUUGAACCAAAAAUUAAUAAUAAAAAGCAUAUGUUAGGAGGUUAUAAAUCUUGUGGAGUGUGAAUUAAAGUAUGUGGAGUCUCUAGAAGUCUUUGGAUAUUUGAUAUUUACUUAGCCACCACAGACAAAGAUUGGGAUCCUGGCUAAUCCUUAGAGAGAUGGUUAAAAAGAGGAAAAAAUCAAAAUUAAAAGGUGCUUUCUUAGAAAAAUGGACCUGCAAGAAAUGUGCUGCUGAUAUGUGUCUUCUGCAAGGAUUUUUAUAAAUGCAAAUGGUUUUUUCCCCUUCACCAAUAAGGAUUCCGCCACAAACGAUAAAGCAAUACUUGGUCUGCUGUACGUUAUGACUUUCUGGAGUUUUGGGAGGCCUCCUAGAUUAUACGGUACGGUGACCGCACAUUGUACAUAACUGUUGGCCCCACUCAUCAGAGACUGAAUAGCAUCUUUAAAUAUUGUGUCGAGCCUUAAAAUAUUCACAUGUUCGUAAUCCAUUCCCGGGUGGGGAUUGCCAACUCAGUGGUGGGAGGAGAGAAAUCCCAUUCAAACAGGCUUGUUUUCUGGAAGCAGGAUUACUCAUUCCCUCCACUUCAUCUUCUUCCACAAGGACAGAAAGAUAAACCGUAUCACACAGCGGACUACAUAUGAGACAGAUGGUUUUAUUGCUAGCGCGUGAAUUUAUUUGUUUAAUUCUCGAAAUAAAUAUUUUAUUGAUGUCCAUUAAUGCUUUUAUUUAUUAAGGUUGGUAAUCUAUAUAGAUUAAGGGACUAUAUGGAAAAAAAAACUAAAUUAUAUCCAUUAAUAAUCCUUUAGAUUGUUUUAUAUAAAUAUAUAUAUAUACACACAAUGAAUGUUUAAUACAUGUACAUUUUGAUGAGAUGAGUAUGGCAGGCAAUAUUAUCAAAAGGGGAGCUAAGAGUCUCUUUAGAGUAGAAAGCGUUAUUGUGGCUGGUGAUGGCAGGAGCAGCAUUUUCCCAGAGAAACUUUUGGACUGUUUUCUAUUUUGUUCAUAAUCCUAGUAUUUGGUGUUUUUACUACAAGCACAAACAUCUGAAAGCAUAUUGAUUCAUGUGACUAUUUAAACUCUAGACUUUUAGAUACCUACAUAAUUCCCUGCCCAGUAAACAUGCUUCAAGUUGCCCCCACUGUUUUAAAGCAGGAAGUGGUUUGUACAUAAUUUUACUGCUUUUGUUUUUAGCACUUCUCUCCCUGAUCUUCAUGGUGAUGCACAGAAUGUCGUAGACUCCAAAAAAGGACAGCACUAGAAGAUGUGAGCAUAUUCAAUUUGUAACACAAUCCUGCCAUUUAGGAGUAGAAAAUGUAUGAUAAAAAUCAAGUACUACAUGCAGAUCAUUUUAAUUUUCUACUUUGCUUUAAUGCAAUAUUGUUUAUUUACUUCAUGUAUUGUAUUCAGAGA